AAGAGCGAUACAUCAAUCAGCUGAUUUGCUCAAAACAACUGAAUAGAAGUGCUUAUUUCACAUAAGUUAUGGCGUUUAAUAAUUUAAAAAAAAUAAAUGCUUUACUAAAAGCUUCAAAUUCUCGCUGUGUGUUAAGUGCUUUUCAGCAAAUACAUAAUGGUCAACAAUAUAAGAAAUAUUACGAAGGCAACAAUAAUCAGCGGUCAAAAAGCAGGCCAAAACCAAUUUUUGAUUCAAAAUUCUUGCCGAUAGCCGCAGUUUCAACAAUAACAGCUUACUUAGUUUAUAACCAAAAGGAUUAUCUUAUACCACAAGUGUCAGCUUUCACAUCUUCGCCACUUUCAGGACGACGAAAACAAUAUAAUUUCCUUGCUGAUGUGGUACAUACAUGUGCACCAUCCGUAGUAUAUAUCGAGAUUAAAGAUAUGCGCCAAUUUGAUUACUAUACUGGGAAACCAGUCACUGCGUCAAAUGGAUCAGGAUUUAUAAUCGAAUCCAAUGGCCUCAUACUAACCAAUGCACAUGUAGUUAUAAAUAAGCCUCAUACAAUGGUACAAGUAAGACUAAACGAUGGUCGCACAUUCCCUGGCAUAGUAGAAGAUAUAGACCAAACAUCCGAUUUGGCUACGGUGCGUAUUCAGUGCAAAGAUUUACCCGUAAUGACUCUCGGGGAAAGUUCUACAUUGCGUUCAGGGGAAUGGGUUGUAGCACUUGGCAGCCCAUUAGCUCUAAGCAACACAGUAACAGCUGGCGUUGUCAGUUCAACGCAACGUCCUUCGCAAGAGCUUGGACUGAAAAAUCGUGAUAUUAAUUAUAUACAAACCGAUGCCGCCAUUACUUUCGGAAAUUCGGGAGGGCCUUUAGUAAACUUAGAUGGUGAAGCUAUAGGUGUAAAUUCAAUGAAAGUAACUGCGGGUAUUAGUUUUGCCAUACCAAUCGACUAUGUCAAACUUUUUCUAAAACGAGCCGAAGAGCGUCGCAGACAAGGUGUCAGCAAAAUGGAUUACCCCGCUAAACGUUAUAUGGGAAUAACAAUGCUUACUCUAACGCCCGAUAUACUUUUCGAACUAAAGAAUCGCACACAGAAUGUGCCAAGUGAUUUAACUCAUGGUGUUCUGGUAUGGAAAGUAAUAAUUGGAUCGCCGGCACAUACUGGCGGACUUUAUCCGGGAGAUAUAGUCACGAAAAUAAAUGAUAAAGAUAUUAAGAAUUCAUCAGAUGUUUAUGAGGCUUUAGCUUUAAAAACAAAGUCGUUAGAUAUAACGAUUUUCCGUGGCUUGAAGAGGAUGACUGUAAAAAUUGUACCCGAAGACCCUUAAAAUAGUUUUAAUACCAAUUUUUAUACUGUUGUCCUUCAAUACAAACGAAUUUCUUAUGGUUCAACAGCACUGCCCAAAAAGCUGGAAACUAAAAAAUGCCGCAAUUAUUUAUAUAUCCACAUAUUUAUAUAGAAAAUAAUUUUAUUUUAAGCUGUCAAUAUGUUCAAGAAUGAAAGCAAAAACAUAAUAAAGGAAGAUACAGAAGGUGUUAUAAGUUAAAAACCCUUAUCUGAAUGAUCGGUAUGUCAAUAUAAUAUUUGUUGGUGUUAAACAAAAUUUGAAAUUAAUUGAAAGAGAAAAAUACUAAAGUAUAAUUUAUUAGAUCGUAAUUAUAUGUACAUAUUAUGUUUAUUUUUAUUUUUCAUAAAAAUACAUAAAUUUUAAACUCUUAA